UUUUUUCCAAUAAAAUAUAGAAAUAUAUAUACUAGUAGUAUGCUAGACUUACAGAAAAGAUUAACCACAAAACAGAAUCCAAUUGACUUAAACUUGAGAAUUAUCAAAGAUUUUAUAAGAUAUUACCACAAAACUAAAGGAAAAUUUAGCCUGAUUCUUAAGUGUAGUAUUGGGAUAGUUCAAAUGAUAGGUGCAAGCCUGGGGAGAAGCAUAAUGAUAAGAAUGUUCAUACAUCUUUCAAUAUUUAAGGUCCUAUACGGAUGUGAGCGAAGAUACCACUGAUUGAAGAUUUCAAAAGUUCUCCUCUAUGCCUUGUUUUUAAGAACAAGUAUCAUAGUGUUGUUGAAUAUAUGAAAUGAUGAAACUGCUUUAAACUGAGUAGCCCUUAGUUUUAGCAUAAGAAUUUUCCUGAAGAUGAUCGAGAAAACAAUUAAGCCCAACGAGAGAGAUAAUAAUAAGCAAUUCAAUGCAAUCUUCAAUUAUGAGACCAAGGUUUGUUGGCUUUUUCUUUCGGCAAAACUCAUACUUGUUGGCAAAUUAAAAGUUGCUAUUUUUGACAGUAACAUUGAUGUCGACUAUCAGCACUCUAUUGAUGAAGACACUGUUCUUCACCAAACUAUUAAAGCAACAAAAAGCAAAUGGGUUUUGACCCUAUAUCUGAUGAUAUAAGACCUUGAGAAUCAUAAAGGAGAGACUUUUGGAACUUAUAAAGAAUCUUCUAAAUACUAUAUCCUUGAAGCUAUUGAUAAAAAGCAACACUAAGUUUAGCCAAAUUUUAGAUAAAAUCGCCAAAACUAAGAAAAAGAGAAGCUUUAAAAGGAUUUAUAUGAGGAGAAUUAGGAAAAUCUAAAUGAAUUGAAGCAACCAGAUUUUCAAUCAAUAUGGUUCCUUAUACUCAAAAUAAGAGUGUUGUCUAUUAAACACAGAAGUUCUUAGAGAAAUUAAUCUCAAGAUUCAACUCUAAAGCCUUGACCAGUAUUGGGAAUUAAGGAUACGUAAGAUGGGCUUCUCAAAAUUUGCCCAAAAUUAAAGAUGAUAAGGAACAAAAUUCAACAAUAAAGAAUACAAGUACGAGGAAACUUCAAAGAACUCAUCUUCCUAACAACACUUUUAUCAAAAAGACCUUCACAGGAAAAUGAGUAGCGUCAGAAGUAGGAUCAAUACUCCAACACAGAGAAAUUUUAAAGGAAUGAUUCCAAGAAUGAUGUCUCAUCCAUUCCUAAAUCCCUUGCAAACUAUAUGAAAUUUGAGCCAGAUUUGAACGGCAAAGCCUUUAAUUACCAUAAGAAAAGUGUAGGAUUAUACAAGCCAUAGAACUCCUUGAUACCUCUUAAGAAGGUUAAUGAACAGAAUGUCAGACUUCUAGAUCUGUAGAAGGGCUAUAGAAAACAG